UGCUAUCAAUUGUUAUAUCUAUUAUUUAUUCCUGAAAGCCUCAGUCUGCCUUUUUUGAGUGGCGUUCGGUGGUUUUUCAGGGCUUUGGGGAAUCAGAGAUGCUGCUUUCAUCACAAGUCAGGAGGAUAUGGAGACUGACAGACAAGCCGCAGAGGAUUUGACAACAACAGAAAGAAGUGGUCCCUGAGGCCUGACGCAGCCCAGGGAUGGCCCUCGCUGAACUGAAAUGGAGUUUGUUCCAGGUCAAGGCUCUAGUCUGCUCCCUGCUGGUCCUCCUAUGUGCUCACACAGCCACAGGAAUGUCAGGGUGGGGUGGAUGCUUGGAUGGCGAGGAUGUAUUUGCAACAGUCAGAGAAAACAGCCAUGCAGGAGAAGUUGUUGCUCAACUCAUGGCUGAAACCACAAUGGAGGGGGUUCAGUGGAGCCUGGAUGGAAAGGAUGCUGAUUGGUUCUACUUGGAUGAAAGAGGCAUCCGGCUGAACACAUCAGCUGACAAGGUCCUCGACCGAGAGGCUGAGGGUCCUGUCCUCAUGGCUGAGUUGUCAUGUUAUGAGGACGACACACUUCAGAGUGUGUACAGGAUCAUGGUGGAGAUCAUCAAUGAGAAUGAUAACUUCCCUGUGUUUGAUGAAGACACUGUCCAGUCUCUAGUUAUCAGUGAGCUGACCCCUGUGAAUACUGUGGUGUUUACUGUCCAGGCCACAGAUGCGGAUAACGACAAGAUCAUUUACUCCAUUGACCAGGCAUCAUCUGAUGCCGAGUACUUCAGGGUCGAUCUGCCCAACAGCGGAGAGGUGAUCCUGUCCAAGCCUCUCGACUAUGAGAAAAAAACCCUGCUUACUAUCACCAUCCACGCCUCAGAAAUGAAUACUGCUGAGCACUACAACACCAGCACCAACAUCACCAUCACUGUUCUGGAUGGAGAUGACCAGUACCCACAGUUUCUGCCCUGCACGCUGCUUUUCCAGGAUGAGACCAGUCGCAUCUGCACCAGCCCUGUGUACACAGUCAAUGUCACAGAGGGGGAAGAGGACAUUGUGUUGGACUUCUUCCCUGGUCCCAUUCAUGCAGUGGAUGGAGACAGAGGACUCAGCUCUCCACUCAGUUACACUAUUCUCUCAGGAGACGAUGAUGGGCAUUUCGAGAUGGACAGAGGGACGGGGGAGAUGAAACUAAUUCAUGGGGUUGGAGACAAACUCACAACUCCAGAGCUGCAUCUACAGGUCAUGGCAUAUCAGGACGACGACCCCAGGAAGUAUUCUGUUGCUACUGUGUUGGUCCGAGUUCUGGCAGUGAACCAUUUUUAUCCAGAGUUUGACAGGACUGAAUAUCAAGGCUUUGUAACUGCCGGAAAGAGCUCUGCCUCUCUGGUCAAUACAUAUGGGAGCAAAGCGCUGAUGUUACAUGUGCAAGAUCAAGACUUUACCCAUGGUUUCAAUCCCAUGAUCCACUUCACCCUCAGUCCUACAUCCAAUCACACAGACAUCUACCAGAUCACACAGGAGGGGCUUCUGAUUGCCAGGACCAAUCAACUCAAACCAAAACAGAAACAUGUUCUGGAGGUAACGGCAGUUGACCAGGAGUCGGGUGAUGCCACCUUUGCUACUGUAGUGGUGGAGGUUUUAUCUGAAGGACAAUCAAUCCCUAUCAGUCCACUGGGAGAUGACCGACCCUUAAGCUGCACCAUGGGCAAAGCCAUGUUUCUGAGCAUGGUGUUCAUGACUGUACUCGGAUGUAUCCUGUCUGCGGCAAUGUGGCUGAAGAAGAAACACAAGGGGAAGAGGGACCCACUGCAGAGAGGCUGUGUGGCCCAGGGCAAACACCCCAAUGUGAGCUUACGGUGGUUCCAGCUGGCAAGUCACCGUAGCGGCAUGCCGCACACAGAGGAAGUAGCAUACAACGAUGAGGAAUAUGGAACCUGCAAUCCUUCCUUCAGCUUGCCAGACAAUCCUGGAAAAUACACACAACAAGACCUCCCCUCCUGCCGAGGACCUGCUCCACCCAACACCAGCUCCAUUUCAACAGAAACUGCACUCUUCAAUAAUGAUGUUUCCACACCAACCAAAAACUCCUCUAGUUCACCCAACUUCCAACCAACCGCUGUGGAUGCGAGCCCCACACAUCCCGCCCAAGAUGCUGCUCCGUCUGAAGAAACCCCUGGCACACCAACUGAUACAUCUCUUGACCCUACUGACGCUCUACCGAACACCAGUCCUAGUCCUGCAACCCCCGAUGCCACUAGCACUCCACCACUCACCUGUCCUGAUUCACAAACAACCACCAACGAUGACCCUGCCGACCCCGUCACCAGCCCCUCCUCUCAGUCCAGUAUUCCAUGCAGUCAUACCCGAAUCGCUUCAGCAGAAAUAGACAAACCCUUCGGCAAACCUCGUGUGAAAACACCCCCAUAUUCACCUUUACUCUCCUCACCCCUCACCAAGCAGACAGGCACACCCCCACCCACCCCAGAGCAUGCACCUUUAAAAGCAAAGCUUGUACGUAUAGAUACUGACACACCUCCAGUAACACCAGAGCGAACACCUAUGACUCUAAGCACAGAGGCAGACGGGCCCUGCACAUCACUGGACCAAACAGAGCCAUCAGAGUGCCCGGGUGAGGCUGUAGAUGCCAACAGUCCAUCUCAGGACAGGAGGCCCUCGACGAACUCGGGCAACACGCAGGGCAGCCGCGGGGAAGCGGACGAUGAUGGUUUUCUGGGAGAUGAAGAUGCAGACAAGAACAGUGUGGAUGAUGAUGAUGAUGAGUUAGAGCCAGACGAGGAGGAGCUGCUGAGAGUGAUGGCUCGUUGUAAUCCUAUUUUUAUCACAUUUAGUAAGUGAUGUCACUAUAACAUUGAGGGAACUGAGACUGACUGGGUGGACAACAGGGAAUGGAGGAGGUAAGGUGAAGACUGCAGACUAUAGUGUGGUUUUGCUUUGCUGCAGGUACUUCCUAAGACAAGGAAGAGGACAGAAUAUACAGCACAUGGGCCACAUAAAAGAAGACAUUGUAUGUUCACACACUGUAUAUGUAAACAUAGACAUUUAACAAACACAUAAUGCUGUUUCACUGAUAUCAUACAGUUAGCCUAGAGGAGCAAUACGUGAUCUUGAAUGCAUAUAAAUAGUCAAGGAUACAACAUACUCAUGCAUGGCAAGGUCAGUAC